AUGAAGGAAUAUCCAAUGCCUAGUGGUAAGCCAGUGUGGGCUUCUAAUUUGGGUGGUAUGGACUUAGAUAGCCUCUAUGGCUUUAUUGAGGCUUACGUGGAAUGUCCUGAAUCUAUUGUCAGACCCUUCCUUCCCUAUCAUAAGGUUAAAGACCCUACUCUUCUCUUCCCAACCGGGGAAUGGAUAGGUGUCUACUAUACUGAGGAAUUAAAGUAUGCUAAAAGCCUAGGCUACACUGUGAUCCCAAUCAAAGGUUACCUUUUCCAGAAGAGGGAAAGCCCUUUCAAGGAUUAUGUUGGCUCGCUCUUUGAGCGUCGAUUACAGGCUAAGGAAGAUGGUAAUGAAGCUAUGAGCUUAUUGUACAAGCUCGUUAUGAAUUCGCUUUACGGCCGGUUUGGUAUUCACCCCAAAAGCACGAAGACAGAUAUCGGUGGUAUCAAAGAAUACCAGUAUAGGAUGCGGCAAGAAUCAUGGUUAGACGGUGAUUAUCUUGGAAAUGACAAAUAUGUGCUAAGUUAUCACACUAAUAUGGACAAUACGAUUGAUCGGUGGGAUCCACCGAAGAACUCUGCUAUUCAGCUGGCUGCAGCUAUCACAGCAUGUGCUAGGAUCUAUAUGUACAAGUAUACAUCAAGAGAAGACUGCUACUACACAGACUCUGUCGUUCUAGGCAAUCCUCUACCUGAGGAAGUCGUAUCUUCUUCCAUAAUAGGUAAGUUUAAGUUAGAAGCAAGAAUCAAGAAGGGAUUCUUUUUGGCUCCUAAGAGCUAUUACUACAGCUCGAAAGAAAAAGGAGACGUUAUUAAAUACAAAGGUGCAGCUAAAGAGCAUGUCGAUGCUAAAUGGUUUGAGACUCAGUACAAGCAUCCUGAAAACCAACUAGAGCGGGAAUUUGUUUCCAAUUUCAGGGUGAAUAUUAAAAAACUUUCAGUAUAUAAACGCAAAGGAAAGGUCACCGUUGCAUUAGCAUUGAACAACAAAAGAAUGCUACUCCACAUUGGUGGUAAAUGGGUGGGUAGUACUCCUAAGGUAGUGUUUGACUUAGAAAGUCUAGAUAACGCAUCUAAAGAGAUUUUCUAUAGCAUGAAACAGAAACUCUCUUCCCAAGAGAUAGAGAAUCUCUAUCUUAGAGAGAAAAGAGCUAGUAUGGAAGAUAAAAGAAGUCAGGAUUUGGUGCAAACUGAAGAAAGAACGAUGCUAGAUAGCGAAGAAGAAGUAGAGGGAACUAACCAUACAUUAGAAGAGAAUAAUAAGACAGACGAGAAGAAGCCUGAUACCUAA